AUGAGCAGGCUGCAGGGGGGCCAUGUUCCUCCGCCGCCCGAAGACAAUUCGAGGACUCAGGUGGGAGUCCAGUGUGGCCUGCGCCCGCGCCGCACCCUGCACGGUGGGAACAAGGAGGCUGGACGCUGGUAUACGAAGUCCUCGUUCCGCCAAGGUCACCUGAGCGAAAGGGGCCCAGGGGUCAGCCGGGAUCCAGGCCAGUCCCGGGCCCGCAGAGGGCUCCGGAGCGGCUCGAGGGCUGGAGGCGUGUCGGAGCCCUUCCCCAAUGGGAACCGGCCUUCUGGGGAGCCUCCCCUCCACCCUUCCCCCAGCCCCGGAACCCCAAGUGCCACUCCAGCCACGUCCCCUGCCUUCCCAGCCCGCGUGCCCAGCCCUGCCAGUGCCACUCCAAGCCAGCGCCAGUGGGUCUCCUCCGCCACCAGCGCCAAGAACUCCUUCGACAUUAGGCCGGCCCCCAAACCAGACCUGGACACCAUCCCCUUGGGGGACCUCCAGGCACGUGCCCUGGCCUCGCUCCGUGUAAAUUCCCGCAACUCCUUCAUGUUCAUCCCCAAGUGGAAGGUUCCUGAGGCCCCUCCCGAAGGGAGGCAGUCUAUGGAGCUGCCAAAGGGCGCAGCGAGCCCGGCCUCUGAGAGCCAGGAGCUUGGAGCCCAGCUGGCUCCCGGAGAGGAUGGUGCAUCUGCUCUGGGAAGGAGCCCCUUCGGGGUCGAAGUGCAGUCAGCUGUUGACGGUGGCUGCCCCCGACCAGCCACCGCCACUGCCCUCACAGACCCCGCAGAUAAGUGGCAGAGGCCCUCCUCCGCACCCCUCUUUCUCCCAGCCCCUGCUGAGGCUGAGCCUGCUGAGCGCUUGGGGGUUCCCGGCUUGGCCAAGAAUGUCCGGGAGCCUGGGUUGCCAGGACUGCCUGUCACCUUCAUUGAUGAAGUUGACUUGGAGGAAGAGGCCCCCCAAGAAGCCAAACCGCCCUGCUCAGGGGCUGGUGUACCUCCCCAGUACCACCUGCACCCUGCCCGGCCAGGGCACAUCUCGGAGCUCCAGCACAGAGGCAGUAACACCUUCACAGUGGUGCCCAAGAGGAAGCCAGGAGCCCUGAAGGAGCUACACUACAGUCAGGCCAAAGGGGAGCCCCAACCACAGCAGGGUGAAGAAGAGGAGGCCAGUAGCCUCUUGGGGCACCAGAAUGCCUUGACGAUCACGUUGAAGAAGCGCUACCCUACUGUACACGAGAUUGAGGUGAUUGGUGGCUACCUGGCCCUGCAGAAGUCCUGUCUCCUCAAGGCUGGCUCCUCGAGAAAGAAGAUGAAGAUCUCCUUCAAUGACAAGAGCCUGCAGACUACUUUCGAGUACCCCUCAGAGAGCUCCCUGGUGCAGGAGGAGCAGGAGGAGCAGGAGGAGGAGGAUUCUGAGGAGGAGGAAGAAGGCGAGGAGGGAGAGGAGGAGGAAGAGAAGGAAAGCCCCAGCGCUGAAAAGCCUUUCGCCCUCUUCCUGCCCCGGGCCACAUUUGUGAGUAGUGUGGGACCUGAGAUCCCCAGGCUGCUGGAUAGCAACUCUGACCUGUCCAGCUAUACUCCCAAGCAUUCCAUGGCCUUCAGCAAGUGGCAGGAACAGACGCUGGUGCAAGCCCCAAGUGAGGUGGAGCCCCCGCAAAAGGGGGUCAUGCUCACACCUGCCAGUCAGAAUGACCUUUCAGACUUCUGCAGCGAACCAGCCCUUUAUUUCUGAUCUACAGCUGUGGUGCCCAGGAGCUCUGCCUGCAUUCCGCACACCCUUCUUUCCUGUGGCUAGGAUGUGCUGGCCUAGGAAGCAGCAGGUCUCCUGCUGUUGGGGCCAGAUCUCUCUGGAUCUCACUCCAGGUUAAGGGCUCAAGAAUAGUGACAGGAGGUGCCUGUGGGGAGGGCCAGGUCCUGCUGGUGGCCCACCUGUGACCAGAGGCCCCAGGCUGCUCUCUGUCCUGCUGCCAAGGCUCUCCCAGCCCCUGCCUGCUGUGCCUAGCACUGUCAGGCAUGUCAGGGACGAGGGGCUGCUGUUCUUCACUGGACUCCGAGCCCCCCACCCUCAGCUCACAUUCCCACCCUUUCUGAUAGGGGGCAGCUUUUGCCUCUGAUGUUGGACUCAAUAAACAGCACUGGAUAAGGCCGCCUCCACCUCCUAUUUAAUUC